AGUGAAUAAAUCCUAUUUAUUCUGUUGAAUGGCUUCCCAUGCCUACAUAAAACUAUUUCAGAAAUUAUAAAACUACUAUAAUAUUUUUCCGCAUUAUGAACUUCAAGUUGCUACCUCUGUCAGCAUUACAGAAUUCCUGUGUAGGAUUUCUGCUCAAACCCAUCCUUGACAUGCAAAGAAAGUUGUCUUUUAACUUGCAUUUUGUGAUGGGAAAGUGUGAGCGUGGUAAGACAGAGUUUUGCUAAGAAAGGAGUAGGGGAAAGUGUGCAUCUCUCUUUUUGACAUGUCUCUGGAUUUAUACCUUUCUCUUCCAUGUCAGGGUAGGAUAAAUGAAACUGGAGAGGUAUAUCCCUUCUGAAAAGGACUGAACUCCUUCCCUGAAGGACAGUAGAGCUGGAGCAUUUACUUUGUGUCUCUGCAUAUAGAAAAGAAGUAGAAGAGAUUGUCUGAGGAAUGCUGACAUAAGGCAUCCUGGCAUGUCUUUUACUAGAAGAUGUAGGCUCAUAACUCCUGUUUUAUUCACUCCCUUUUCUAUCUAAAACACAAAACAGUGGGCAUACAUUUUUUUAUCUACUAUUGAAAAGCAGCCAUCAGUGUAGAAUAACAUGAGAACAGUUUGGGAGGAAGCAUGGAACACUGCAUUCAAGUGAAACUAAUUAUUCGAUUAGAGUUUGGCCUGGCUGUGGUGGUUGACAUCCAGGGCUGUUGGCGACAAUACCUGUGAUGAAAUCCAAGUCUAGUCUUGAUUCAUUUGAAGGAUCUGGACAAACCUUCUGGACUUGCGUGCUGAAUGCUAAGCAGUGCAAAAAUAGGCCACUGAUUUAAAGAACCCAUGGCUACCAUGGAUGUCAGUGGGCACUUGGCAUACUUACAGAUGAAUUUGCUUAUUUAGGUUUUAGGAACACUUGUUCCCAUUUCAAGCAUGCAGUCUGGUGAUAUUUGAUGUUUGCAUCAGAGCGUCUUCCACUCACAGCUCUGGGAUAAGCACUUUCCUUCAGCACUUCCAACUUCUCCCCUUAAAAUUUAGUCAAAGUCUGACCUUGAGAUCUUAUAAACUUAGAAAAUUAUCUAAAAGAUGUUCCACUUAAUCUGCUACUUUUCCUUCUUUUUAUCAAUCCAGAGCUUAAAUAUGUUAGCUCUGCCUUGUUGAUGUCUUGAAUCUUCACCAUAAACACAUUUUUGAUCUGUUGGUGUCUUUAUUUGGAAAAUGGUGUGUUUUUAUGUUAGAACUACCUAAUGCAAAAUCUCAAAUGUCUGCAGAGUUAGAUAUAUCUAUAUUUAUUGGUGUCACAGUAUUUGUUUUCUUGGCAUCAUUCUAAAGGGAAAAAAAAAGCACUACUUGGAAGGAUUUGAAACUAUACUGGGAAAGGAGGGAUGACUCUUUCAUCUACAUACUGUUCCAUAAAUACUGUCCUUUCAGAACAAAGGAUGAUUUGGAAAUUUGCCGUGUCCAUCCUUUUGAUCGCAGCACUGGCUAGAGUAGCAGACAGCAGGAAGAACCGCCCGGCGGGGGCGAUCCCGUCCCCCUACAAGGACAGCAGCAGCAACAACUCAGAGCGGAGGCAGCAGCUGAACAAGGAGGUGCUGGCCUCCAGCCAGGAGGCCCUCGUGGUCACCGAACGGAAGUACCUCAAGAGCGACUGGUGCAAGACGCAGCCCUUACGACAGACCGUCAGUGAGGAGGGCUGCAUAAGCCGCACCAUCAUCAACCGCUUCUGCUAUGGGCAGUGCAACUCCUUCUACAUACCACGGCAUGUGAAGAAGGAGGAGGAGUCCUUCCAGUCCUGUGCUUUCUGCAAGCCACACAAGGUGACCUCCUCGACUGUGCAGCUGGAGUGCCCUGAGCUGGACCCACCAUUCCGACUCAAGAAAAUUCAGAAGGUGAAGCAGUGUCGGUGCAUGUCUGUGAAUCUGAACAAUUCAGGCAAGAUGUAAGAACAGCUGUGGGGCUACUGCUUGCUUUGUCCUAUUGUCCCCAUCAGACUUCCCGCUGCAUCUCUUCUCCGUUGGGCAGACUGCCUAUUUUCUUGGUUUGUUUUUUCUUUUUUCUCUGUUUAUUUGUAUUUCAGGAGGCAUCUCUCCAGCAAGGAAAGACUCCUUGUCAUGUGCCUACUGGAAUAAAGCUAUUUAAUGGACUAUGUUAUGCACUUGACCAUCAGGUUCAUUUUAUGUCUGGUAUCAUCUGACAGUUGAAUCUUACGGGGUGGAGCAGGCUCCUGAAGUUGAGACUGUGCAUCUAAGCGACCAGUUGGCUGAAUGCAACGUUAAAUGUUUCCACUGUGUGGAGUAAAGCUGUCUGCCCUACACUCCAGCCCCCUCCACCAGAUGAGAUGCCUUCCCACUACGCUGUUCCGGAACUUGCUGCUGUCACCACGAUAUGCUGGGUUCUGUCCAAAUCUGGGUGAGGCAGACCAGGGAGAGCUACAAAGAGUAACAUACAAAAAGAGACUCUCUGAUGAGGCUCGGCUUCUUGAAACACCUCUUACUGUGCAAUGACAAACUGUUCCAAGCUUGUGGUCUGAACUGCAGAUAAGAGCUGAAAGAGAGAGGGCGAAAUGUCAGAUCAGCCACUGUGAUCACAUCAGCAGCCUGAAGGAGGAUUCUUAAGCUGUUGUGGCUGGAAUAUACCGAACAUGUGGUCUCUGCAGCAGUGUUUGUUUUGUAACUUAGCUAUAGUAAACAGCUGCUUAAAGUAUUAUAGACCUAGCCAUGUAUAUUUUUCUUGUGACAGAAUAUGUCGGAGAUUAAAAUGUGGUAAGAGACUUGGUUGCUAGGUCAGCUGCCUGGCUUAAAAUGGAUGCAUUUUAACUGGGCUUUUGGUACAUUAAUGUGUUAGAUCUGUGCCUGUUUCUUACUCCAAAAAGGACAACAUCCAUUUAUUACCUUACAUUUAUGCCUGCUCAGACUAGAGAAGGUGGAAGAUAAUUGGAAAGGAGCUGAGAAUACUAGUGGUGUUUCACUUAAGGUAUAAAAGCACUUGUCACACAAAGAACAAAAUUUGGUCAUUGCUGGACCGAAUGCAAAGGCUGCCUUAUUGUUCAGUGUCAUCAGGUGCUGGAAGUGACAUCUUUCCCAUGUUUGGAAAGUAGGAAAAAGUGUUGAUGUUAAAGGACAAACUCAUCAGUCAGUGCCGUGGGAAUAGGUCACAGUUGUAUGAGCAGGGAGAGAGAGUCAGUGCUAAUCACUGUGGCACUGGUGGUCCACUGAGUGUUUGGGUUCUAUGUAAUCCAUGGUGGUGAACACUUUGCAGUUCAUUUUGAUCACACUGUGUUGUUAUUCACUUGGUGGAGUUUAGCAUGUCCUGUGUAUCCUGUUUGUUCCAGUUCUGAUCUGUAUUAGUACCAGCUGCAUUAAGAUCAUAAGAUGUCUAAAAACAAACCAGCCCCUUCUCCCAAACUGAAGUCCAUGCAUGCUCAAUCAUCAGAAGCUUACUAAUUCACAAUGACAAGUUGACUCCCCGAUGCAUGUCUUAGGGUUCAGGAUCUGCAUCUGCUGAUAACAGCUUGCUGUGGGAACCCUUUCCUUCCAGAUUCCUUACAUGCAGCCACUUCAAGGGGUUAAUGUGUUUAGGACUCUGGCCAGCCAAGAGUUCAGUGCCAUAUUAUGUGAGACAGGCUGCUCUAAGAGGCUUUUGGGACUGAGCUCCACAAGAGCUCACCAAGCGGUUUAUGGGGAUUGGCACGGGCAGGAUGAGGUUGGUCAGGUAUGUUAGCCCUAUUAAGUGAACAGUUAUGUGUUUUCUUCUGUGAUCUUUCAGAAAUGCAGAGGGAGACCCCUCACAGUUGUUUUUCAGAAGCUGGCAUUGCUAUACUAACAGCAUCAUGCCAGUCCCUGAAUGGACAGUGUUCAUUCCAGGCUUGAUAGUGUCAGUGUGGGUGUGGAGCAAAGUGGAGAAAACUAAUCUAUUAUGACUCCAGUGAUCUCAGUCUCCACUUGAAAGAAACAGACUGAAAGUCAUUUUGGAUGAGAGAGAGAGAAAAGCACCGUGGUAACUUCAGUUAGGAAUAAUGUGCAAGAAUCUUUAAGCUAUGCCCUGCCUGGGGUUUUCAUCGGUUUGCAAUAUGACUAUGCUGCAGCUUAAAGUUCCUUCUAGGAGCUAUGUUUAUGUAAAAACUGAGUUGAGCUUGUAAUGGUUAAAACUGUAUUUAAUUCUUGUUUUAUAAAUGAAAACAAAAAAUGAAGAAAUACUUUAAGUAUAAUGUAAUUAUUUUAUAGGUCUACUAUUAAAUUAUAGAUUAAAUAAUAAAGCUACUCUAGGGUUAUAUGGCACCCAGAUGUACAGGCUUUGCUUCAACACCUUGUGUCCAGCUGCUUUUUAAUCAGUCUGUUUUCCAGUUUCCUUCUGACCAUAUGAGACACAGGUAAAUGGAUUGCCCUGACAGCUUGGGGAAGCCUAGCUACUUUACCCCUACACACUUUCCUGUUAAUUUACCUCUAAACUACCACUGCUUUUUGGUUAAUGACAAGAAGGCAACCAAAGUUUCACACCGGCUGAACUGCUGGCAUUUACAUUCAGAGAAGCAGCUAUCAUCAGUGAUUUUGCUUAAAAUGCAGGUAAAUCCUUACAUAAAAGUAACCAACCUACAUGUGGAAAUAAAUAUGUCUGUUAAGAUAUAGUGAGUUUGAACCCUGGCUAUCAGCUCUUGAAUGAGGUGCAGUGUACGCACCUCAAAGUGUACAGUAGUAUCUUUGUUACUGUUUUCCAACCCAAAGAAAAGAUUGUUGAAAACAACAAAAACACGAAGGAAAACUUCAGCUAGGAACGGGAUUUCUUACAGAGAGAAAUGAGCUUCCAUCAGAAGAGAUGUCUGUCAUGGAUAUUGAGAGAAACAGGAGUGCAUAGACUACAGUUAGCAAAGGGGGGGCUACCUUCAUUAUGGCACUGUAACUGACUUAAGUAGGAACCCACUCUCCUCAUCUCCCAGACUCUUGAUCAAAUUCUCUCACAAUUCAGAACCCUAAAGAUCACUGAGCCCAACUCCUGAUGAGGCAGAUGCCCCAUCUUGCAAAUGCCUCAGUCACUUGGUUCAAAAUGAGCUCAGGCAGACACAUCCUCCAGCAUCCUACUCUCAUUUUUGCCUGUCUCUUGGCCAGUGUUUUUACUUAGCUUGUAGCUUCACUGCACAGCACCCAGCUGAACUUCUGUCUGUGUUCCAGCUUGGUUGGCUCUCUCAGCCUCUUCCUGCCUUGAUGCUGAAGCAUACUAGAAGUUUGUGUGGUAAUUCAAUGAUCUCCCUCUUGUGAAAACAAUCCAGGAGCAGGUGAGUCACCCUGGGUAGAUGGAAGAGGCACUCAGACAGAUCCAAUCUCUCUUAAAUGCAACUGGUGUUGUGGGACAGGGAAGGGAGGGGAACAGCAAACGUUAAGUUCUAUUGCUGUGGCACUGCUGAUUCGGCAAGUCCCUGGUCUGUGAUGAGUGACACAUGAAGACUCUUGGUUUCUAAGAGCUUAAAUUUCAGCUGCAGCUGAAAAAAAAAAAAAAAUUAAAUUCAACAGAGACUUUUUAUCCUCAAAAAGACACCAUACUUUUGAGACAGUGAGCUUACCCUUAGAUGCCUUUACAGGUAGGUUGGAUGAAUGUUUAUCAAAGACAGAUCUGCCAUCAUCAAGGGAAUAGCCUGUAAAACCCAUUCUGUAAUGUGAAUCCUAUUUGAUUGAUGGGUAGUGACCUGAAGGAUGUUGGGCAUUGCUUUGUCUUUUUCUGAUCAUUUCAUAUUGUCUUCAGAAGAAUUCAGCUCUAUCAGUUUUCACUUACUCUGUCCAUAGUAGUUCAAAAUUGAUGUAUAUCAGUUACAUAAUUUAUAAGGGAGUUGGCAUAAACAGAGCCCUGCUUAUUAGCCUAGAAUAUGUAGCAAAAUAAUAGCAAUGCAAAGACUUACUAUAUCUUCUCUUGAUGAAAUUAAUAGCUGCUUUCAACUUUUAAGCUGAUCACUUAAAAACAUCAGACAAGGAAAGAUGACAACCUAUGGAAGAUGUGACUAGUCACAUUCCCAGUGCCACUGUUGGUUAAUACUUAACUGACUUUUGGAAGUUCUUUACACUGAUGAAAGUUGCUACAGGAAAGCCAACCACUGCUGUGUCAUAACAAUUGUGACUAAGUACUGUCCUUCUGAAAGGUUUAAUUUGCAAAGAACAACAACACAAAUCUUAGAUCAUCUUGAAAGGAGGAUCUUCUCAUACUCAGUAAGUUACAUCUGCUGCUUAGGUAUAGAAGUCCUUAUUGAGCUGCUGCAAUUUAAGCAACUAUGAGUGAUAUAUGAUGACAACAAAGGCUCAGCAAGUGUAGCAUAUUUGAUACUCAAGUAAAUGGAGAGAUAGACCUAAAGGGCCUUUCCACUUUCUAAAAGGAAACAAAAUAAUGUUAAGUCUUGAAUUCUGACAAAGUUCUGUAUGCCACUGAAAAAAGUAAUGGUGAGCCUUACAUUGGGAUUCCACUCAUGCUGUGGGUUAGGCUGGAUGGUGCUCUGAGCAACCUGAUGUAGCUGUAGGUGUCCCUGUUCAUUGCAGGAGAGUUGGACUAGAUGGCCUAUUGAAGUCCCUUCCAACUCAAAUGAGUAUAUGAUUACAAUAUACAUACAUAUAUAAGAGACAUAAUAUGCAAAGAAUAUUUUCGAACACAUUUUUGAAAUAAUAGCAAUUUAGUAAGCAUGUGACAUAGGCAGCAUUAAUAAGAACAGGUUACAGGUGCACUUCUAGUAAGAACAGUUAGACUCCUCACAGGUAUCAGAUCACCUCCACAGCAGUAAAGAGAUCUGUUUGAACCAGCUAAGACUAAUGCACUACCAGAGGCAUGCACAAGCACGAUAAGUGAGUGAUACACUCUGACUGGGUAAAGAAUGCCGAGGCUCCUCACUAUUCCCAUUUGGGAAGAGAUAUCACACAAGGAGGAGUUACUGGUACUGUGCAUCCAAAAGCCCCAUUUCCACUGAUCCCGUCACAUUAGUUUCCUGAUGAGAAGUGGCACUUAGUGUAUGGUUGCUAAAACUACAGCACAGCAUGAGAGUGAAGAGAGAAGGCAACUAUUUUGUUAUUAUUCCUUUUAUUUUCAUAUAAAUUAACAUUCUAAAAAAAAUUGAAAUAGAAACACUAAAUACAGUAUUGCACAUAGUGAUCUUUGUUAGAUGAUCUAUUAUUUCAUUUAGUAUAAUAUACAUACUGUAGGUACUGAAGGGAACAGGAAGGCUACAAAUGAAAACAUGCUACUGUAUUCUUGCACUUAGGAGCAAAGUUAAGAGGAAAAGACUACUGUUUACAUAAAUACAAACAUGGAUUUGAAUCAGUGCCAUUAAAAUAGCUUUAUUUUUUAAAGGUUUUUUUUUUUUU